AUGUCCACCAGCAAAGGCGCCGUCCAGGCGCAACACGAACUCAUCGAUCCUCUGAUCGAACCGGACCCAAGCGACGAGACUGGCCUCAACUCGCACUUCAGAUCGACUUUUGCUCCUGCGCCCCACCAGCGCCAGACUCAAUUACCCACUCCUCCGCACUCCGCUGGCCUGCAGGACAAGACUCCCUCCGCAUCCAUCCGCGAGCACCACACCGGAAGCACCGUCGAAACCAACCCUUUCCGCCGCUCCACUGCAUCUUCGCCCUCCCACCGCCAUCACCACCACCAGUCCAAGCCCAGCAAUGGCUUCAACGACCACCAAAGCAGGAGGUAUGACGGUCCUUCUCCUCCAUACUCCCCCCAACCCCCCCGCUCCUCCCAUCCCUCGGGCCAUCGUCAUACCCAAUCCCACUCCGCCUCCCAGUUUACCUCCGACCAUCGCGCACUGGCUUUUGGGUCCAUGAACGAGUCGCGCCCAAGGCGUUCCAGCCAGCCUUCCUCGACCAACGUUCCCUUCAGAGAGGGUGGCGGGCUUGGGCGCAGCACCUCCCUCCGCGAACGCUAUCCGGGAGAUAUGUCACACAGGCCCCUAGACACCAUCCGCAAGGAUACCACUAGGGCUCAUCGUGCUUACCAUCUCAGGAAGAAGAAUUUCCAGGGCACCGACACCAUCGACCGCCUCGACGAUUCGACCUUCAGCUACCAUCAUGAAGGUCCGUUCGAUGCUGCCAAUCUCGCCCGCAAUAAGGACUGGAAGCACAGUCCCGUCGCCGCUGUGCAGUCUUCGAACGAGGAGGCUUUGAGGGCCACCCCGCGGGAGAACAUCGUCGAUGCGCUCACCAAGCAUCGGCCUUUGGAGGGCACUGCCAACAUGCCGCCGGGCGUUCCCGAUAAGUUGGGCCGAGUCCUCCACUAUGAGGAGGGAACUGAUCUGCACCGAGAGCCAGGUGUUAAUGCAUACAAGCGCUGGCCCGGCAUGGAUUAUCACCCCGAGGACCUGAAAGGCAAGGGCGAACCAAACUUCACCAUUGACAAUGCGAUGAAGAACAAGAAGAUUUAUGGCGAGACCGGAAGCGAGAUGCAGACCCGUCGCCGAAAUCAGAGCGUCGGCACGGCUGAUCUUGCUCCGACUGUACCAAUCCACACAGGUUACGAUCGUGACGGCGACCUGGGAAGGAGCAAUUCCGUCGGCAAAGGUGUCGGCCAUGCUCUGAAGAAGCGCUUUGGAAGCUUGCGCCGCCGCAAGGAGCAAGCAGCUUAA